AUGUCAUUUUUUACAUCAGCAUUUGUGAUCUGUUUAAAUUUAUCUAUCUAUCUAUCUAUCUAUCUAUCUAUCUAUCUAUCUAAUAGAGAGACAGACAUGCAUUAUCUAUCUGUUCAUUAUCUAUCAAUCAAUCUAUCCAUCUCAGCCUGUUCAUUAUCUAUCAUAAUUUUUAUCUAUUUAUCUAUCACAGUCUGUUCAUAUCUAUCUAUCUAUCUAUCUAUCUAUCUAUCUAUCAUUUUUUUUUAUUCCUAUUUCCCCUUCCUUCCUUCCUCUUUAUAUAUUUAUGGUUUGUUGAUGCCUUCCUUCCUAUCUAUCUAUCUAUCUAUCUAUCUAUCUAUUGUUGAUUUUUUUCAUUCCUAUUUCCCCUUCGUUCGUUCGUUCCUGCCUUCUAUCUAUCUAUCUAUCUAUCUAUCUAUCUAUCUAUCUAUCUAUCUAUCUAUCUAUCUAACAUUGUUCGAAUACUCAAAUCCCAUCUUUGUGGACUUACUGUUGUCCAAACACCGUCCCCUAAAUCUAUCUAUCUAUCUAUCUAUCUAUCUAUCUAUCUAUCUAUCUAUCUUAAUCAGGCAAUAUAAGGCUCAAAAGCGACUCAAUGUAAUCUAUCUAUCUAUCUAUCUAUCUAUCUAUCUAUCUAUCUAUCUAUCUAUCUAUCUGUCAUCGGUUCAUUAUCUAUCUAUCUAUCUAUCUAUCUAUCUAUCUAUCAUGGUCGGUUCAUUAGCUAUCUAUCUAUCUAUCUAUCUAUCUAUCUAUCAUAGUCGGUUCAUUAUCUAUCUAUGUAUCUAUCUAUCUAUCUAUCUAUCUAUCUAUCUAUCUAUCUAUCGGUAUCAUUAUCUAUCUAUCUAUCUAUCAUUAUCUAUUCAUUAUCUAUCUAUCUAUCUAUCUAUCUAUCUAUCUAUCUAUCUAUCUAUCUAUCUAUGUGUUUGUGUUUCUAACAUAUACAUAAUCUAUCUAUCUAUCUAUCUAUCUAUCUAUCUAUCUAUCUAUCUAUCUAUCUAUCUAUUUGAAAAAUAUGCAUUUUUCAAUAUAAAUCUACAUUUUUUACCAAAAAAUUUCAUUCAGAGAAAAUAA